AUGGACCUUCGACGUACGAUUAUCAUUCUAAUGGCAAUAGCCUGUGUGAUUACACUUGUCGGUGUUAUACAUUGUCACGUUAAUCAUCCACUGAACGAAGUUUUCUCUGCUUAUCGAAUGAGCUAUUCGAUCAUAUUUCCUCUACUGUUAUGUUUAACUGGCUUCCUCUUAAUCGAACAGUUAAUGAUAACAGACGGAACAGUUGCUCCACUGAAUCGUCUUCGAACAAUCUACGCAUUUGCUGCAGCUAUUGCUCUCUUUGUUUUCGGUGUCGGAGCAGCCAUUGUCGCAAGUCGUUGGUAUAGUGCUGCUCCAUAUAAUGCAUAUCAGCAUAGCGCUGUUAUUGCCUCAGUGAUUGCUUUUGUUGGCAUGGCAGUGUACAUAGCCGAAGCAUUGGCACGAAAUCGCAAGAGUCGCAUCAUCUAA